AGGACAAUAUGAAGCCAACCACAUGUACAGACACAGCUAGCUGGAGCUGAACAACAACAUAAUUAAAAGCUAGCUAGCUAGCUAUGUCUGUAUAAAAAUACUAUCAAGAGCACUACCUAUACAUCCUACAGCAGCCAUAAUGCAGUUACAGGCUUUAGCAAUGAUUCCCGUGCGAGGAACUGUGUAUAUUGUGAAGCUACCGUUUGUGUUUGUGUGGAGAGUCGUCUAUUUCCUAUACUUGUGUCUCUAUGCAGCCUUUGCCUCCAUUUUAAGAGUUCCUGCGUUUUAUGCAAAGAAAGUGUAUAACCGCCUUGUGUUUACUUGGGGCUGGACAAAACUAUCCGUGAGGCACUCUCUAGGACUCAGCAGAACUCCUGCUAUCACUGAUGGCACGCAAACCCUCCACCCGAAUGACUACCUCUCAGAGCCCGUCCCAGGUUCAGCUGCUGCUGCGUAUGGUCAUCCUCUCACUGAAGAGGACGACCCUUACCUGCGCUCCCCCUAUGGUCCCUACAAGAGGCCCGGACAUGGUGGUCGGAGGAACAAGCGUGAUCGCAGGGCCAUGAUAACUCACCUCCUGCGACUGCUCCUGGAGCCCACCUCACCAGUGGAGUCAGAUGAUGAGACUGAGAGAGCAAUCAGCGCAAGGCCUGCUGAGCAUGAUGAGGCAGAGAAAGCACUCAAUCUCAUUCUGGACCUUGUCAAGCUCUCAAAGUGUGAUUCCACAGCAAGAGACCGUUCAAGACUUGCCCCCGCUCUGAAGUCAGGGGAACUGGAAGCAAUACUUAGUCAAGCCAAGGACAGAGAACACCUACAAGCACUUAUCACAGAGUUGGACCAGUUGGCUAUAGAUGUGGACCCAGCCAGAAAGAAUGGGGUUUUGUCUGGACACCCCUCCCCCUCUCACAUGCCAUUGGAUACCGAGAGGCCACCCAGCUCUGGCUCUAUGGAGCUCUGUUACACACCUACUAAUCCGAGCAGCAUCGUGAGCAGCUCUGACGAAUAUAUGGACCCGGUUGAUGACGAAGAAUUGGAAGACUCUUCAGAGAGACAUUCGUACAACUAUGACGGCCUCUCACCUGUGCCAGAGAGCCCUGAAUACCUCACAGCUUCUUCAGAGAGUCUCAGAAUGAAUCAACUGGAAGAUGAGCUCACAAGAGCUCUCUCUAACCUCACCACUGCAGCUAGCGGGCUCAAUGCCGAUCAGGAGAUGGUGGAGUCUAUGGAGACACAGAUCACCCAGAAGACAGUCACUGUAACAGAGAGUGUUGGCGUGCAAGAGAAUGACUUGGAGAGUGUACCUAAGACCACCCCAUUACUUGGAGUACAAGUCGGCCAUGAGAAACGACAACUAGGCAAUGCCAGAAAGUCCAGACCUCCCUCUAGAAAACCCCAAAACAAGGAUUCACCCACUACUGAUCAACAAUCAGAUAACACUAUCCAAGGUGACCUUGAUGGCGCCAGCAGCUCAGAAUCUGACGACGACGGCAUUGAGGCACCAAAAGGGGAAUCCCCCAGAGUAAAGCCACCAGGUGGUGUACGUGUUCUGCCUCCUCUACAACUAACGGAUCAGAUACAGCUACUCACUUCCGGGUCUACGAACUGGCCGACCAAUCAGAGUCCUCCAGAAGAUGACGAAGUAGAUGAACCUUCUUCAGAGCCUGGGUCAAAGGUCGAAGGGGAGAGUUCCUCCAGACGUGAUUCAACCUCCUCUGAUACUGAGAAGAUGAAGAUACCGAGUAACCAGCCGCCCUGGAUAGAAAUGGUAUUGAGACGACGGUCAAGCAGUAGCACAUCAUCCACCCACAACACUUCCGAUUCCCCCGUGGUUGUCUACACACCCCCUCCACGCAAGACACGAGUCCACAGCGAUCCACAAUCUGACCCUCCACCAUCGCAAGAUAUCGAGGAAAAUGGCGAUAAUUUGUGGGACAGAGACCCUACGUUGGACGUUACUACUGGACUGUAUGACACACUUCAGCCAAAACGCACUGUACCUGUUUAUCUGCAUGAGAGGAUUGCACGCCACGAGGCCUCUUCUGUUGAACCCUCACCCCGCCUACCUCCAAGAAACAACCUGGCACUCCAGAGAACAGCAUCGGCAGACACAAUAACGAAACCUCCUAGUGAUAGAGCCUUACAGAGACGUGGCAGUGAGAGGCACUCUUCAUCUACUCGUGAAUCUAGAAGAGACAAAGAAUCGCGAGAAAGCAGUAAAGAACGACACGAUAGAUCCAAAGAAUCUCACAGCAGCAAAUCAAAGGAGUCUUCAAGAGACAAGUCAUCAAGGGAAUCUCGAUCAAAGGACAAAGAAACACGCCAGUCACGAUCAAGAGAGAAGGAAAGACAUGAACGUCACCGUUCAGAACAUCGGAGCCACUCAGCUGAACGAUCUGAGCGUAGGCAUUCAUCCGAUAGCCACCAUCACAGGAGCCGAUCAGGUGAUCGAUCCUCCAGUCAAUCUGCAGAGAGACACUCCUCCUCCCAUCGUCACAGCUCAUCUGAUAGGCAUCGUCACAGCUCCUCUGAUAGACAUCGUAGCAGCUCACGAGACAAACAUUCCUCAUCAGCCUCAUCUUCAGCUUCCAAAGAUGGUGAUGGUAAAUUCAAAUUGCUGUCCAGCCCCCACUCGUCCAAGAGCAGACUAGCUACAGCGCUGUUCUCACGAAGUUCCUCUAAGGACAAAGCCGAUAAGCAGAAAAAGACGUCAUCGCAAAAAGAAGGCGACAAAGGAAAGAAAUCAUCGAAGUCUGAGGGUUCCAAGAAGACUUCUGUGAAGAGCUCUAAACGGAGAGGGUCAACCAGUUCUGAGAAGGAGGACUCUCCUGACACUGGAGAAAUGCCCCGCAGCACAAGUUCCACUAGCAUACGGUCGGCAAGAGCUGGCAGCGUCUACUCCUUCGACUCGGUAAUCUCUGGAAGGAACAAUGAUUUGUGAACUGACUAGUUUAUAGUCUCUUUUGUAAUUUGUAUUUAUUUAUGUACGCAUCACCGCCAUCCUAUGCAUAUCAUCAAUCAUGUGCAUUUUUUACACUCAUUUUGUGUACAGGAACACGCCUGCCUGUACAUGUUAUUCUAAGUGUACAUCGAUCGUUUGGAUCAUAAUUAUAUUCUCUUCAUAUUGUUUUGUGUCUCACACUAUAAUUAUGUACUUUGCACGUUUGUGUGUAUAAUUAUAAUAUCAUAUUCAAGUUUGAAAACA